CUAACAUGCAUGUUGUCCUGCCAGAAGCAGUAGAUCGCCUUAAUAUACAGCUAAACUAACAAGAUCCUCCACAGCUACCUGGUCUUAACGUAGGAUGAAGAAGCCUCGGUUUGGUUUGGCUUGGAGGAAAACAGUGGCAAGAGUGUAAAAAGGACUGCAGUGAUCUGAUGAACAGACAAAUUUGUCCUGCGCCAUUCAAUGGAAGAGGAUCCAGUGAUGCAACCUGAACAUGAUGAGAAUGAUGUAGGUUUGGCUCAGAUCUUGACAGAAGUGGUAGAGGAAGUGAGACUGUCCAUAGACAGAGACAUUAACGGUGCUGAUCUUCUGUACAGUCUCCUCAGUGCUCCUUGGCUUUAUUCUCUUCUCAGGGUAUAUGAGUGUCUGGUGCAGCACAGUCGGGAUGCCCCAAGCCCAUACCUGUCUUAUUCCUCCAGACUAUCUCAGGAGAUUAUGGCCAGUGUGCGAGGACUGGCUGCUCCCUCCUCUGAGGCACAAGAACUUUAUAUUCUGCUGAAAUGCCCUCAUAUGCAGGCUUUGCUCUCUGCUCAUGAUUCUGUGGCUCAGAGGAACUACGGUCCAGUACUGCCGCCUCUUCCUGACAAACUGCCUGACAGUGAGGAGGCCAUGAGGAUUGUUUGCCUUGUCAAGAAUAAACAGCCUCUGGGGGCAACUAUUAGGAAAAAUGAAAAAACAGGGAAUUUCUUUAUUGCGAGGGUGAUACAUGGAGGACUGGCAGAUCGCAGUGGACUUCUUUAUCCUGGUGACAAGCUGGUGGAAGUGAAUGGGCAGAAAGUGCGGGGACUGCAGCCCGAGCACGUCAUUCAGAUGCUGGUACAAUCUCAAGGAAAUAUUCUUUUUAAAGUGAUCCCUAAUACACCACAACCCACCAACAGCCAACCAGCCCUGUAUGUGAGAGCCAUGGUGGAUUACAGUCCUCUGCAGGACCCUGCGAUCCCCUGCCCAGAUGCAGGCAUGGCCUUCAGUAAAGGAGACUUGCUGAAGAUCGUCGACCAGAGGGACAUCCGAUGGUGGCAGGCCAGGAAACUCCACAGUGCCUCAUUGUGUUGUGGCCUCAUCCCCUCCACUAACCAGUUCAGAUAUAAGCAAAGGGAGUUGUGGUGGUCCCAACCUUAUCAGGCUCACACCUGCAUCAGACCCUUGAGUGCAACAGAUGUUGGAGAAGAGGAGAUAACAGAUGAAAACAAAUGCAUCGAAACAGAUGAAGAAGAUUUUGAGUUCGUAUCAGAGGAGGGUGAGAAUGGUGAACAUAUGCAGGGAUUAUAUAUAGCCGGGUUCCGACACAGUCUGCGUGUAUGGAGGAGGAAAUCGUACAGUAAGAGAAAGCCAUCAUGUUAUUCCUGUGGAGUCAGCAGCUGCCAUAACACCUCAGCCACCCUUUAUGAAGAGGUGGUCCACUACCAGCGCCACAUAGACGAUCCCCCCCGUCUCAUUGUGCUCAUUGGUCCAUCAGGAGUUGGUGUAAAUGAACUGCGCAGGAAGCUAAUCAAAAUCAACCCUAAUACGUACCAGGGACCAGUAUCUCACACAACACGGUCCCAGAAAAUGGGUGAGAAGAAUGGGCGUGAAUAUCACUUUGUGACAAAGGAAGUCUUCGCGUGCAUGGUGGUUAAUCACAAAUUUCUUGAGUAUGGAGAGCAUAAUGGACACAUGUACGGCACCAGCUUAGACUCGGUCCAAGAUGUUUUGGACAAUGGGAAAAUAUGUGUUAUUGACCUUGAACCUCAUUGCAUUAAUUCAGUCAGAACCAAGAAGCUGAAGCCCUACAUCAUAUAUGUACGGCCUCCGUCUCCUGCCCGCAUGAAGCAAACAAGAAAAGACCCACAUUUUCUUUCCAAUAGAUACAUCAAGAGAUACUUUUAUGACAAAGACUUUGAGGAGAUUGAGGAAGCAAGCAGGACUAUGGAGGCCAAGUAUCGUCAGUACUUUGACUGUGUGAUUGUGAACGAUGAUCUGCAAGAUUCAUGCAUGGAUCUGUUCACGGCUAUACAACAUGCUCAAGAAGAACCACAGUGGAUUCCUGCCAGCUGGUUUGCUCCUGAUCAUCCAUGAUGCGCAGACAUGCAUAUGAACAAACAAGGGGAAUUUUUCAGUGGUUGUAAUUAAAGGGGUCAUGUGAUGCUUUUUUAAAAGAUAAUUUUGUCUAUUUGGUGUAACUGAAUUUGUUGACAUGCUUUAAUGUUUUUUUAGAUACUGUACAUUAUUUUAGGUCCUCUAUGCCCUGCCUCUCUCAAACACAUUGUUUUCUACAUAGUCCCUCCUUCCAAAAAACACAAUCUGCUCUGAUUGGCCAACUGACCCAGUGCAUUGUGAUUGGCCGAACACCACAAGCACUAGUCAGAGAUGUAACGCCCCUUUCCAUAAUCCGUUUACAAAAUAAAUGUAAAGACAGUAAACAAUGUCCUUAGUUUUACCUUCAGUUCAAGCCCAGUGAUGAAGUUUCAAUAGCAAAUACUAAUAACACAACAUACUUAAAGUAGCUGAUUCAGAAGCGCCAGAUUGUCAUAGCAAGGUCAGAAUGACCUCCUCUCCUAGGUUCAUGAAAUGCACCUACUUUCUGAAGACCAAAUAAAGUGCUUUUGCUUUCACCUAGGAACACACCUGCCUGACAUGGCUGCUACAACACUAAUUACCGUUACUGAAACCACUCAUAGAUAUGGGGCGUGUUUGAAUGAGCCGUUUUGGGGGGCUUGGGAGUCUUUACUUUAAAGAACAUCUCUUUGUAUUUGAGACUUUAGUCCUUGCAACUUCAGGGAUCUUACCUAUAACCAAUCAGCUUGUAACACUCCAUAUCGCAUCAGAUGACCCCUUUAAUGUAAAAGAACAGAAUUUUGAAAAAAACAAAUGCCUUUGUUUGGGGUUUAGGAAAAAUGUAAGUUUUGCCAGAUGACCUGAUGAAAUGAUGAAGAAACAUUUCAAUGGAGCGUAUGAGAAGAACACUAUACAAACAUGGCCUUCAUGUCAGGACAACUUACCGAAUGCCACUCUUCACAAGUAAUAUAAAAGGCUGACUUGAAUAUGCUCAAAUUAAUUUGUGGAGAUCUGGAAAAAAUGUUUUAUAGAGUAAUGUGACCAAACUGAACUUUAUGGACCCAUGGACCCAUGUCUGGUGCAAAAAAGGCAAAGCUUCUGAGCAGCAUAAGACAAUUUCAAUAGUCAAACAUGGUGGUUUGGUGAUGGAUUCUUUGAAGUAUCAGGCUAUUUUGGCAAAGAUUGUGAUGGCUUCAAUACAGUGACUGAAAGUGACUAUCAUUGGACUGCAGGGCAAUUAUCCAAUAGUAUACAUCUAAAACUUCUGGAGUUUCAGAGGCUUGUGAGCACUAGAGGCAACAUGUAAUAAGGAAGAAACGAUUCUCUGCAAAAUUUGUCUUUUGGGGGGUUGAAUAACAUUGUACAUACAUUUUUAGAGCCAUAUGUGCAAAUGUUCUAUAAUUACAGCUGCUUUGGUUGAAUUGUUUUCUUAUAUUGUUUGCAGAAUAGGCAGCAGAAUGUCUUGCAGGGUUGAAUAAUUUUGGCAAAGUGCUAAUGGUUCUAAACUUGUUUGGAAGGCUUGAGUUUAAAUUUGUCUUCAAAAUCUUCAAAACUAUAGGGUGGAGGCAAAUAAAUAAAUAAAUAAAUUAUUAUUAUUAUUGCAUUAAAAAACACCCAACACAUCUUAGAGACAGUUUUUAUCUGCCCUUUCUAUCAUUCAUUAAGCAUUGCAUCACAUCGUAUUAGUUAACAUAUUAUGUUGGUAUAUCCUACCAGUGUCUGUUUAUCCAGAGAGAGAUAGAAAAUGAAUCCCUUUUCAAAAUAAAUCUAAACAUGUUUUGAA